ACAUAUUUUUCUUUUACACACACCAGCACCAGUUCCUUUCUCCAACACUUCCUUCUUUAAUGAUUUAUUCCUCUUUCACCACACAUACACACAAACACACAGAUGUCUGCUUUGGAUGAGCUGCUUAUAAUCACUUGACAGCUUCAUCUUGUUCAGCUGAGAUGGAUGUUGGUCUGACACUUGUCAGUUUGUUCAUUGCUGUGAUGCAAGGUGUCUUUUGUAAAACCUGGGAUGUGACACUGCCCCAGAGGAUUGUGGGUAUCAGUCACUCGUGUAUCACAGUCCCGUGUCACUUUGAGGUCCCAAACGAGCACGAGGCAGGCGUCCUACAGUGCACAGACAGCGGCGUUUGGAGGAAAGGAAACAUGACUGGUCCUUUCAUUAAUUCCUUAAAUUCACAAAGUCCUCUCAAUAACGUCGUACAGGUGCAUGUAGUCGGAAACUUAACACAGAAGAACUGCACCACAGUGUUCUACAAUUUCCCAAAGGACUACAACAACAUUUACUUCUUCAGGCUGCAGUGUCCAAAUGAAGUAAAAUACAAUUUUGCUAAAGGAGUCAGCAUUACGGUCCAAACAGCCCCGUCUGCUCCCCUGCUGACCUCUGUGAAUCAGAUAUCAGAGGGAGCCCAGGUGAGGCUGCAGUGUUCAGUCCCAGUGCCCUGCUCCGUCCUGCCCCCCUCCCUCACCUGGCUCCCCCAGGACAGCUCCAGGCAGGAGGAGACAGAAAUGCUGCAGAAUGUAGAUGGGCAGAGGAUCAUGAUGUCUGCAGUGACCUUCACCGCCUCAGCCGACCAUCACAACCAGAGCAUCGUCUGCUCCGUGUCCUACCCGCUGUUUGAGGGGGGCAGCACUGAGUCAUCUGCAGCAACUCAGAGACUCAACGUCCUGUAUGCUCCCAGAUUCACUACAGCAACACUCAGCACGUCUGGUCCUGUUUCUGAGGGUCGCACUGUGACCUUCACAUGCUCGAGUGAUGCUAACCCUCCUGUGAGCCACUACACCUGGUACAGAGAUGACAGUGGAAACCUCUCCUCAUCCCAGCUGACGAGGAUACGACAAGCAGCCACCCUGGUCCUACAGGUCAGCCAAACGGACAGCGGGGUGUAUCUGUGUGAAGCUCAAACCUCCAGGGGCUCUCAGAGAUCCAGACCAGUGUCUCUGGAUGUGAAAGGCAGCUGUGAGGAUUUGGUGCUGGCUCCCUAUGUUAUAUGUGGAGUGUUGUUGGUCCUCUACAUCCUGACUGUUGUUGUCGAUUUGUACAAGUAUCGAAGUCUUUCCAGGAGGCUGAAGCAGAUUGAGCUGAAGGGGGAGAACACCUACACUGAUCUAAAGACCCUCAGCGCCACAUCUGACUACGACCAACUCCAGCGUCAACAGCCUUAAACAAAGGCCUCUCCUGAAGCUUCAGAGUUUAAGAACAGCAUCUGUUUCAAAAAUCACCAGCAGCCUAACUGGACCUGAAGAAGUGGGUUGAAGUUGAAGUAGUCUAAAACUAGAUUUCAUGUCUAUUUCAAAUGUAUGUACUCCAUACUCUUUGUAUCAUACUGACCUGUUCCAAACAUUCCUGGAAAAUAUGUCAUUUUUAUUUUUGCACCAUUACAUGUAAUUCCACUGUACAUGUUUCUCUCAUAGUAUAGUGCACAUUUCCUGUUAGUCAUCAUUGUGGAUUUGAAAAAUAUUUCAUCUGGAACCUGGAAUUUACAAUAAAAGUUCUGAAUAAUG